UCUUGCAGUUUUUAGCAUUCACCUGGUAUGGCCUUUCAUACAUCCCCUUCGCCAGAGACGGUAUCAUCAAGUUAUUUUCCUUCUGCUUCUAAACAUCUGAAUGACCAUUGAGGGUGCUGCGAGUCGGCGGACCAGGUGUCAGAUGAAGGUGGAGGAGCGACCAGGUGAUGGCGAGGCUUCAUCAGAUGGCCAUGGGGCAGGCGCCAGAUCUGCAGACAGCUGCAUGUUGCGGCUGCUGAGCGCGGUGGCGAGCGGACUGCAGGCCGGCCGGGAGAAGGGCGACCCAACAGAGAGGAGGCUUCAGGUGACCCUGGAGGACGCUGAGCUGUGGAGGAAGUUCCAGCACAUCACCAAUGAGAUGAUUGUCACCAAGAACGGACGGCGCAUGUUUCCCGUCCUGAAGGUCAGCGUGUCAGGUCUCGACCCGAAUUCCAUGUACUCUUUCCUGCUGGACUUCAUGCCCGCCGAUGGCUGCCGUUGGAAGUUUGUCAACGGUGAGUGGGUGGCAGCAGGCCGGGCGGAGGCGUGCAGUGAGGGGCGGAGCCAAACUGGCAUCUACAUCCACCCGGACUCACCUAACUUUGGAGCUCACUGGAUGAAAGCGGCGGUGACCUUCAACAGAGUCAAACUGACCAACCAAGUCAACGGAGAAGGACAGAUCCUGGUCAAAUCUCUUCAUAAGUACGAGCCUCAUCUGCACAUUGUGUCUGUGGGCUCUCGACAGCGUCUGGUGUCCAACGUUUCCUUUCGAGAGACUCAGUUUAUCGCCGUCACUGCAUACCAGAAUGAAGAGAUCACAGCUUUGAAGAUCAAAUAUAAUCCUUUUGCCAAAGCCUUUCUGGACGCCAAACACAGGAACAUAGGUGGACAAGGUAUGACUGAGCCCAAAGAAGGUCGUGUUGAGUUUCCACCAUCUGGAGGCGGGAAUUUCUCUUCUGGUCGCAGCCUCCCGCCCAGGUCACAUCCGCAGCACACCUAUCGGCGCCAUGGUUACCCUGGAGGACACUCUCCUUAUGCCGGCCCUUACCUGCCGCAACGCUCCCACCAUUCAGAUAUUCAGGUGAUGUCGGAUGGCUGGAGCUCCUCCCCCUACCCCCCGCCCAACAACGCCUCUUCAUCACAGCCUCCUCCUCCUCCUCCUCACAGUCCCAGCCAGUAUCCAUGUCUGUGGACGCUUGGCUGCAGUGAGAUAAGCUCCUCCAAUUCCUCCUGUCCUCUCUACCAAGGACCGGUCUGCGGCGAGAACCUCAGCAGCCGUGUUGGCGGUGCGGUGUGGGCUCCUGGGCCCGGCCACUCUUUCUAAGAAGCAACCUCAUUGGCUGAAUGGGAUUCAGCUUCAACGAGCGGAUAUUUCAGUCCAAUUGAAAAAUGACUUGUCUAUAUUUAUGUGUAUUCCAGCAGGCCCGCUACAGAUGAAUAA